AUGCCCCCCUUCAGCACAGAUGAUUAUCACAAACUGCUUCAGAAAAUUGCAGUGCUAGAGACCAAAAUCAACCGGUUAGAAGCAAAUGUGGAUAGAAACGGACGAUGCGGGAAUGAAACAACAUCUUGUGACCAGGACCAUCACACACAGCUGAUCACUAUCGACCAAGAAGACUACGGAUCCUCCAAUGCCUCUUCUUCGGAUUCCCUCGGCGCUAAACCCAAAUCAUCUCACUGGAAUAUGGGAGUAACAAGCAGAGCCCAGCGCCCUGAGAUCUGUGACAAGACUGGCUGGACUAAACUAUCUUCAACACCUGUCCAGCGUAAGAGGCAGCUGUGGAUAGCUGCCAAGGCAGGCCCUAAAAUCAAAAACAAUCUCCCCCAGCAGCAGCCAUCCCUCCCACUGCACAACAGAUUUGCUCCACUGUUACGGAAUCCUGGAUCCACAUCUCCGCAUAGCAGGGUAAGAUCCGAGAGAAAAUCAAAAAAUGGGGAACCUCAAACAUUGAUUGUGGGUGAUUCUGCUAUAAAAGAUAUACAAAACAUGAGCUAAAUAGCUAAAAAGUGCUCUGCUUCCCCAAGGAUAUGGUCUGUGACAUAACAGGCAAAAUUCAGGAUAUAGUGGCCUCAUAUCCCUCUCUGACAGCUAUUGUGAUUCACUGUGGAGCUAAUGACAUUGUAACAGAACAAUCUGAAAAACUAAAACGUGAUUUCAGUGAACUAUUAAAAACUAUCAGCUCCCUGAAUGCUCAGGUAUUCAUCAGUGGCCCCCUUCCACCAAUCAAAAGAGGAGAUAUGAGAUAUAGCAGACUGUUUGCCCUGAAUCGAUGGCUAUCUACUGCCUGUACCAAAGUCAACUUUAUUGAUAACUUCAGGCUGUUCUGGGACCGCAGGCAUUACUUCAGAGCAGGCGGACUCUCUCUAAACAAAGCUGGAGUAUUCAUCUCCAACCUGUAUCACUCCCUGCGUCACCCAUCUGUCAAGGACAAGAGACAAGAGGCAAAAAGACAUGAGAUAAAACACCACGGCCUUGACAGAGAGACGCUGAAAAAAGAGAGUGUGGGAAAGCAGAACGCAGAUGGGGAAAGACAAGCCUUCAGGUUCACCAUCAGAUCUAUAAAGAGAGACUUCGUAUCUUUAACCUAGAACUGAGAAAUGCUAGGUGAUCCUUCUUCUCAGACAUCAUCACCAAAAACAAAAAUAAUGCACGCGCCCUAUUUACCACAGUCGACAGGCUAACAAACCCCCCAGUAUCAGUAGCCUCUGAAUUUCUGUCCGCCAAGGCUUGUAAUGAAUUUGCCUCCUUCUUCAAUAACAAAAUCCAGAAAAUUAGACAAACAGUCAGUAGCUCAAUAUCCGGUACAGGAUAUGUGUUGUCCAUGCGUACUAACCCCAGUAGCAUGACACAAUUCAACCCGAUCAACAUUAAAACCCUGGAGGACAUCAUACUAAAUCUGAACUCCUCCAUCUGCUGCCUUGAUAUUCUGCCAACAGGUUUCUGUAAAACAGUUUCUAAUUGCAUGGCCUCAGAUCUUUUACAGAUUGUCAACAUGUCACUUCUGGCAGGUGUCUUUCCACAGGCCCUGAAAACUGCUGUCAUAAAGCCUCUCAGAAAAAAAGGCAACCUAGACAACUCAGUAAUGAACAACUAGCUUCAGUGCUUAUGAGUGUUGUGAGAGUUUUUAGUGGCUUCAGGACCUCAAUUACCUCAUCUGCCGUCCUCACCUCCUGGUCAGACAAUGUGCUGAUAUCUUUCUUCUUAAGAGCCUGUUCUGUCAGUGCUGAAAACACUGCUGCCUCCUGCUCAAGGUACCUCUCAAGCAUAUCAUAGCUUGAGUUCCAGCGGGUGGUGAUGUCCUGAAUAAGGGUGUGUUUUGCUAUAUUAAGCAUCUCCUGUUUUCUCUCCAAUAUGUGUGCAGCUGUUGGGCUAUGGUGAAAGAAAGACACAAUCCGUCUCACUUUACCAAGGAGUCUGGAUAUUUGGUUGAGACCUGUUGCUUUCUGAGAAGCUAGAUUAAUAGUGUGCGCAAAACAUCCAAUUUGGGGGCCCAUUCCAGCUUCACGCACUGCAUUUACAAUAUUCCUGGCAUUGUCUGUUGUGACUGCAAUUGUUGUUCCUGGCCUCUCCAAUCUCCACUCCAACACUGUCUCUUUAAGCCACUCUGCCAGGUUUGCGCUGGUGUGUUGUUCAUACAUGGGCUGAGUUUGCAGAACAUGGCUCACUAUGUUCCACUCAGGGGUGAUGUGAUGGGCAGUCACAGUUAUGUAGCUCUCAUCAGCUCUGGAUGUCCAUCCAUCAGUUGUGAGUGCUACUGCACAUGCUUUGGACAAGUCUUGGACAACAGAAGAUUUAGCUUGUUCAUAAAGUUGUGGAAUUAUUUUCUGGCUGAAGUGUGGACGAGUGGGAACUUCAUACCGGGGCUCAAUCACCUUGAGCAUGUGUUUAAAACCAGGAUUUUCAACGACUGAAUAUGGUCUUAGAUCCGCUGGUAUAAAAACUCCAAUGGCUCUUGUUAUAGCUUUGGCCCGAUCUGAACUGCCAGGGAGAGGCUGCUUGAAUGCCGAGGUCAGCUGUGUUUGCACUAAGCUGGUUUUUCUUCUUGUAGCGGUGAUAUUUACACUUGGGUGGUGCCGUUAUAGGUGAGUUAACAUGUUUGUCGUGUUGCGGGAGACAUACCCGAUCUCAGCUGAACAGUGUCGGCACACCGCCCUGGUUUUAUCCACCUGUCUUUCUCCGUUGCAAUAUUUAACCAGGAAGCCGAAGUGUUCCCAAGCAGGAGACUUUAGCGACUGGGGAGGGUCUUCAAGCUCAGGUUUACUGCUAGCAGUAGCCAUCAUGCUCACGGGCUGCAGGUGUAGCUGCAUGUGGUAGCGACAGAACAUAAACAUACGCAACUUCUGGCCCGUGAGCCAAAAAAAAAAAAAACUUCCAGCCGUGAACUCACCCGUGCACAGCCCUGUAGGAGGAGGAGGAGGAGGAGGUAAAGGAAAAUUUAAGAAAGCAAAAAGAGGCAUAAGAUUAACAGUAAGAGAAAAAGACAAGGCAAAACACAAAGCUGAGGAAAGGGAGGAAAAACAAAGAGAGGGGGUGAGACAGCUUUAAGGGUUAGGACAGAAGGUGAGAAAAAGGGCCUAAUGAGUGAUGUAAGAGGUAUGAGGGGACAGCGCUCAAAGUCAUUCUCUCUGGUGAUCACCCUCUUGGGGUUGGGGAGCCUGCUGACCAUGCUCAUCUGGUGCAUGUUCGACAGCAAGUAAGUGUGUAUUUGAAUAUGUGAGUUUAUUCAUUUAUUUUUGUACUAAAACAGACUAAUUAGCUGUCUGUGUAAUUGUACAAAAUAACACCCACACAUUAACUGUGUCUUAAUUACUUUAUUUACAUAAUAAUGUUAGAUACUCUCAAACUGUAAAAAUAAAUACAAAACAAUUAGGAAUUACACUGAUGACACCCAUGUGUGACAGAAGUCUUUUAGCACAGUCAUUCAAAGUGAUGUCAGAGAAGUUUGACAGCAGCAGCCACAGUUGGUAAGGAUAUGGGUUAUGUUGUUCAACAGAUGCUUACGACUUCAAUCUGUGUUCGGACCUCUUAUGAAGCAUUACAGGUCUUGAACUUGACUGUAACUUAACUUUUUAAAAGUCUUUCUAUAGAAACUUUCAAACAGGAACAGAAGUUGAUGACAGCUGUAAAAGCAACAUGCCGCAGACCGCAGACAUUUGAAAACACUGACACAAACAGACAGACGUCUGCAGAUGACAUGUUGCUACGUAGCAACAAGGUGUGAGUUAGAACCAUAGACAUAAUAAAAGGGUAGACCCCGCUGGGGGUGCUGCGCAGCGAGAAAUGCGGCCGCCAUCUUGGUCAGGUCAAGCUUCCCAUACGCUCCGGUCAAUCAUAUUCAUUCAUUCAUUCAUUCAGCGAUGCCGGAGCACUGUGCGGCGUAUUCCUGUGCCAACAGGCGGACAGCAGAGAACAGGGCUCAAAAAAUAACUUUUCACAGUUAUGAUUAAACGUUUUUUCAACAUUACACUUGACUGUAGAGUCAUUUGUAGGCCAAAGAGGAAGACUAUCGGUCAACUCCAAAAAGGAAACAGCAUUUGCGAACAGCUAGCUUAUUCACAAUAAUAGCAACUUUGCUCUAUUAUCAACAGAUUUGCAUUAGAUUGAAAAACUUUUGUUUGAGAGAGGUUCUAAGAAACGUUAAGAAACAAAAUAGAAAGAAGAAGGAAGAAAGUGAGCUCUGUUUUAUUAAAGAUUUCUUUGUGGUGAUCUCCUGUUUCAUUUUGAAGAUUUCCUAAGGACAAAAACUUGAGGAAGAAGUGGGAGAUUGCUGUUAGAGGGAGAAAUUCGCAGCAAGUGAUUCCUCUGUGCUGUGUAGCCAACAAGCAAAUUGAUAUGUAGUUUAGAUGCUGUCCUGUCAUGCUGUUCUUGUGUUUAAAUUUUUUUGAUAUGUAGGCUAUAUAUUUGUGUGUAUUUCUUUGUGUGUAUUUUCCAGUUAUUAAAAUAGUGCUUCUAUAUGACAUUAUUUGUGUGUGUCUACAAAUGGAUAAAUAAAAUUAAACUAAAUAAAAUAACAUCAAAUCAAUAUAUAUUGAAUCGGCCUAUUAAAACCGCCAGUUAUUAAUAAUUAUUGAGACAUAGCAGGAACCUAGCUCUAAACCUAGAUAUAUCCUUGAUUAAUUGUUAUACUAUAAUACAGCCACUGCUGCCAUGUUCUAAAAUAUCAUUUUAUUCAUUCUGAGUAUUUGAAAACGCCAAAAAAAAUAAAGCCUCUAUUAUGCCUCUUUGAAUGGCGUUUGCAGAGAAGAAAAUUACGUAGUAUUGAGCGAACUAUGAUUCAUUUAAUGCGCUCAGACUUCAUUCCGCCGGUUAAACAGCGGUGCAGAGUGAGGCGGAUGACCGGACCAAGAUGGCGGCCGCAUUUCUCGACAGCGCCCAUUCGUGGUAGCGGCCGAUGCGGGGUCUAUCUUUUAUUAUGUCUAUGGUUAGAACCAUAGACUGUAUAUAAGAUGGACGCCGUCUGUCUCCUCGCCGGGUGAAGCCACUCCGAGAACAGCACCCCCUAGAGCGUGGCUGCAGUACAAGUCAUAAACCCCACUUCUGCCAGCAAAGUGAAUGGAGCGGCGGACGGCCUUUAGAAAUUAAUUUCACAGAAAAUACACUUUUCUCACCCCCGACUGCGAUGUUGACAUGUAGUUAUUAUUAGACUGGUUUGUGUUCAGGCCUUUUUUUCUCUCUGCAGCUCCAUUUUAAAAAGUUAUAAGGAGUUAUAAAAACAGAAAAUUGCGUCAUUCCCUACACUUUGCACUUGUGCGUCGCUCUUUUUUGUCCAUCGUCAAGACCGAUCGGGUUUGCCAGCGGAGAAGAGGAUUACAUUUUUCCAUCGUUUUUCUCUUUUAUUGCAUUGGAAAAAUGAGUUGUUCUGCAGUAAACUGUGUUAACCGACAUGUGAAAUCAGGAACUUUGCAGUUGUUUCGGUAAGUUGUGUUUUUUUUAUGAAGUCAUCAGCUUGCUAGCUACAUAACAUUAAACGGUCUGGUUUAAUUUAGCUAAUGGGGUUUACUUACAGAUAUCAAGCGGUAAGUUCUGUGCCGCUAAUAAGCGUUUUUAUUAGAAGUUAAACAAUGAGGAAACCCCUUAAAAUCCGCCUUCUUUUUAUAACAAUAUUAUGACUACGUGACUUUGAAUUUGAAUUAAAAACCGUACCGAUCCCACAGAUUCAUACUAGCAACCAAAUACUACCACAGAGUAUCAGGGCAUGAAAUGAAAACUCGAGGCAUGAAGUCAUAAUGUUAAAGGAAUUAAUUCGCAUUUAAGUCAUUCCCCUAAUAUUGCAUCACUUUAUGAGAACACGGCCAUGUAAAUGAAUAUAAUGAGAGUCAUGAUGUUAUGAGUCGAAGUUUUGGUAAUGGAUCAACCAGUUUUACUCGGGUAUGUUACAACGAGAGCAGCCUGCGCUAAAAUCAGGUAUGGUUUAAUUAAAAUGCAUCUUUCGGAUGCACCGUCCUAGCUUUCUGGCAGAGGAUUGACCGCCGGUUCAGUCUCCUCCGUACAGCGGCAGUAGUAUUACAGCUUCUGUUGACAUAACGAUAUUUGUCUAAGAUAAAGCUCUGAAACUGUCUUUAAUGGGACAAAACGUCGAGAAAACGAGACCCUAUAAGUGUAUAGAAGGACAUGCUCAAAAGAUUACUUAUACAAGUUGCAUAACUGUUAUUUAUUUUAUGUUAUCAAAUAACAUACAUAAGUCAUAAGUAUACUUCUGUGGAAUGACAAUUAUCAUUUACAGCAGCAUGGUAGAUCAUGUCUUACUUAAGUUUUCAAGAUAGAUAGAUAGAUAGAUAGAUAGAUAGAUAGAUAGAUAGAUAGCCCUGUUACCUAUGAGAUUGAGAUAAAACUAUGAGUAAUGUAAUUAGUUAUGGAAAGACAGCUGCAUAUGACAUACUUAAUCAAUCACAAUGACAUUAAAAUUUUUGUUACAUGCAAAGAAAUCCCUCAAUUUUGAUAGGAUGUUCAUAAGACAUAUCACUCACAAGAUGAAAUGAUUUGGAUUAUUUAUACAGUUUGUAUAUUCAUUCACUUGAGGUAUUUUUUGUGAUUGUCUUUGAAUUGAGUUUUGGCUUCAGCCUGUUAUGCAACAAAGCAAGAAUUAAACUGAACGCAAAACAUUAACUUUGUGUUGUUUACAAACUUGACAAAUGGCAGUAAGCAAUGUUAUUGUAUUUUUGUAAAGUUUCCCUUUAGGUGACAAAGCGAGGCUGAAGCAGUGGCUGGUGAACACAAGACGGCAGGACUGGAAACCAACAGGAUCAUCACGUCUUUGCAGUGCUCAUUUUGAAGAGCAUGCCUUUACUGUGGACUCAAAGGUUAAAUUAUUUCUUUUUUAAUGGACAGCAAUUUUUAUGAAGUUCACAUUUGCAACAAUUUAUUGUUAAAUUGACUAACACUUUGAAUCAUAAAAUGGCGGUUAUUUAAACAUUCCCAACAGCUGAACACUACAACUAUCGUGGUUCCAUUUUAAAUUACUGCUGUUUUUAUGUUUUCUAAAAUUAGGUAUUUGCAUGUAGUUGUAGUGUCUGCUACCAUCUACUGGUCAUUAUUAGUUAGUGUCAUCAGUCAUUUUCAGUUUAAGUUGGCGCAGCCUGGAGUAAAAAAACAGGAAUCAUGUUGCAAAAAAAAUUUGAGUGAUACCACAUGAACAACUUCUUAUGCUUAGACCAAAUGUGCCCUGUUAGAUAAAGGUAACAGCACUAGCCAAGUAGUAGUCUCUAAGAAUGCUAACUAAAUGAAACCUUUUAAAUAAUUGGACAAGUAUAUCAAAACCUCUAAAGUUUUCAUGCUGAGCUACCACCUGGUUUGAGACAUUAAGUGUCUUAAUGAAUUUAAGUACUGGUAUUCACAAUUUAAUUGAUGAAUUUCUUUGUGUUUUUCAGACUUCAUCACCAACCACUGAUGAUAUGGUGGAUUCAUCUGCUGCAGCCUGUUUCCUUUCCACCCAAUGCAACUCCCAAAGUACUAGAUUAUAUCUUUUUAAGUUCCUGGUAAAAUAACAAACAUACAGGUUUUCUGCAAAGGAGUUAAGUAUUUAUAAAUCACAAAUAAAUACUAAAAUGCUAGUGUCCUCUCACAAGUGUCCAUGUCAUGCUAUCUGAUUUACAUUAAUUACAUGCUGUUCACUACACAUAUUGUCAGUUUGUUUUUUCAGUUUUACCACACUUUGUCCACUUCAUGGUGAGGACUCGCACACAGAAAGAUGGAAAAGACAAAUGUCUUGAAAAGUUGGAUCCCUUUUAUUGCUAGGAAUAAAAUGGAUCCAACUUUUUUUGACAUUUGUCUUUUCCAUCUUUCUGUGUGUGAGUCUUUUACAGCCUUUUUGAAUUGUCUUAUCUGACCAUUACACCAGAAGCAAGAAUACUAGGACUGAUGUUAGGCUCUUUUCUUGUUAAUCACUUGAUGAUGAGUACAUAAGAAAUGCAUUGACUUUGUUGUGGUAUGUUUUUUUCUUUUGAUAGCUUUACAUGAAAAAUAAAAUUUUGAGACAAAUACUCUGGAAUAAUAAAGCAUAUACUGUGUUUUUUCAUCUGUGCUGUAAAUCAGAAAACUUUAUCAUGGUACAACAAAUCACAGAAAAGCAUGUGAAGUUUCAACAUUAAUUUAAUUUUUCUAACAAUCAAAAACAUCCCCAGCUACAUUCGUCGUGGGGAAAACGCCUUGAGGAAGACCAUCGGGUGGAAUGGCUGGGGUACGGCAGCAAGUUUGUAGGACAGAGAGAGAGAGAGAGAAGGAGGAAGAAGAGCUGUGACAGAAUUGAACAGUGUGAUGGUUACCUUUGUAAAACAAACUUCACAAAAUUGUGCUCGAGUAAACAAUUAAACAAAAUGUGCACAUCAAUCACAAAUAAAGCAGAUAAAUCCUGACCAUUUUUUGCUGCCUAUUGUAGGUGAAAUCCCAAAUCUAGCACCACCCUACUAGAUUUGGUCUUUCAAACACAAGGCACUAUUAUUUAAAAAAAUGUCAUUACCCUAAGUGGUGAAAUGAACUCCAUCGUUUAAAAAAGGCCAGGAUCUCUGUGCUUUAUUUGAGGAUGAUGCACAAUGCUUCCGCCAACAGAUGAAACAAAAGUAGCCAUCACACUGUUCACAUAGCGCCUGGCUUUGUCCAUUUUCUUGGGGCUGUAUCUCCAUCGGCUCCUCUGAGUGAUGGCAGAGAAGAUGAUCCUCACGGUGGGGAACUGCCGAUGGAGAUCCUGGAGGUCCUGCUGUUUGAUUUCUGUAAAUGUAUUGAACAAUAAAAGAAAAAAAAAAGUCAUUUUCCUACAAAACCUUGCAUGGCUUGUGAUUCAGCAUGAUUCCACAUCAUGCUGAAUCACAAGCUGUUUAAUAUUUUUUACAGUAGAUAUAAUUUGGAAUUGAAAACUUGAGCUUGCUCUUGUUACAUCACAAAAAAAAAUAUUUAUAACAUUACCUAAUAAAAGUCUGACUAAAAUCAUAUCCAACUAAAUCAGCAUCCAUCUCAAUGAAUUUUUAUCCUUACUUCUGGUCACAGUGGCUGAUGUUGUGCUCAUCUUUGAAGCUUCUUUUCUCUUUGUCUAAAAAAGGAGAACAACAUAAAUAUUUGCUGUUCAUUCAGAAUUGUGUUCAUUUUUAAUCACAGUACAAUAGCAUAUAUCUUAACAACUGAUAAACUAAAAAUAUCACGUAUUUUGCUGUUUAAUUUACCAAGGCUAGUGUUAAAUUGCAAUGCUACUUUAGCUUACAUUUACACCGUUUCUUUCAACAAAGAGAGAUGACUUACUUCCAAUCAAGUAAUAGAUGAUAUCUUUAUUCGUAUUAGUUAUGAUGGUAUUUUAUGUUCUUAAAAGUUAGUACGCUCACAAAUUUCACAUUAUAUCAGGAGAAGUGGAACUUACUUAUUCUUGGUCGCGACGAGCGGGGAAGCUAUUAGCGAUACCGAUGUAAGGCUGGAAGGACAUCCGGGGGGGGGGGGGGGGGGGGGGACGUCAUCGCGCCGAGUCUCCCGUCCAGCCAAAAACGUCUGCGUACAACGCUACUGCGCAGCUCUGGUUGCAAGGAACCCGGAAUUACCGAGAGCUUUUUGGCUUCAAAUCCGUAUACAGGCGGAAGGCGGAACCACGGCGUCCAUCUUAUAUACAGUCUAUGGUUAGAACACUGGUUGUUCAUUCAUGGUGUAUGAAGCUGACAUCUUUGCUGCCCUCCACUGCAGAUACUGUAGAUUAGGUGAACAAUGAGUACAGAAGUUUGCAAUGACUGUGAAAAUAUGACAUCAAGCAGAUAACUUUUCAGUCUCUUACACUGAAGGGCAAAGGACUUGGCGGUUAACAUUGUGCAUCUUUGUGAGGAGGUUUGUCAGUGGUUCUGACAAAUAUCUAAAUAUAGGUGUUAGGUCUAAAACCUGCAACAUUUACCUGAUAACAUAUAAAGAAGAGAAAGACAAUGGUAUAUACUCGAGGAGAAUGGACAGAGAUAGCAUCAGGUACCGUCUCGAAACCACUCUUAAAGGUGUUUCCGCCCAGUCUCUUUAUUUAGGGUUGUCCCUGGUUACACAAUGUUUCUAAAGGGUGGGGGAAAAAUAUGUGCAGCAACGUAAGCACUCUCAUAAAACAUAAUAAUGAACAACUGUGAAUAUGUGAAAGUCAAGGCAAAUUGUUGCAUCUAACGAGCUCCUUCUGAUAAGAGCGUAUCCUCCUCUUAUUUCCCACGAUUCACAGUGGAGGAUAUAUCACCCACACACACACACACACACACACACACACCUGCUGAUAGGAGAAACGAGUUCACAGAGACGUUAAGAAACAUUCAUGUGCUGUGUAAUUAAGCUAUUGGAGAGAGAAGUUAGAAAACACUCUUAUAUGUCUAACAAGAGGUCAAAACAGUUUAUACUUGUAGUAAACUCUUACAUAAGAAUAUGAGGAAUAAUGAUAACUUCUAUAUACAUUUAUGCACAUUAUUCUAACAAUAGGGUCCAGAGUUUCGUGCUGCACCUCUGAUAAUCUCAUUAUCCAGGUUGUUUUCUCUGCACUUUGCUUCCUCAUUAAACACAUCAUGUUUUCUCUCCGCAGCUUUGA